AUCGUCAAUGUCAGUUUCCAAAGUUUUUUACUGUCAAAUGUCAUUCGAGUUCGGAGUCGAAUCGAAAGAGUUGCAAUUCUUUCUUAGGUUACAUAAUUGGUAAUUUUGUUUGAAUUUAGAACAGACUCGUUUUUAACAUGGGAAAGCACUUUGGAGAACUUGCUAAGAUUAGGGGCUUAAUUACUUAUAAGUUAUCGCCUCACGAGCAACGCGCCUAUGCAGGAGCAAUCUCGAACGGCAUAUUUAAUACUUUCCGUAGAUUCCGUGAAAGCGUAUUUAGAGUCGCCCCACCCUUCAUUAUUGCAUACUUGAUUUAUGAAGGUGCAGAAAGGGAGCACACCAGACUUGGUCGUAAAAACCCUGCCGAUUUCGAGAAUGACCAGUAAGGUAGUAUAAGAUGAUUGUAGUUAUUUAAUUUAAUAAAAUUGUAAUUAUUAUCAGUUA